UAAAAAUCACAUUUUACUUUCGAGCUUUUUUUUCUUUGGUUGCGUAAAGAGUGAUGAUUUUUGGCAAGUCUCCCGUACAAUGUUGCCUCAAGAUACUCUAGACUAGCGAGAGAAAUCUUUAGUCUCUCUCUCAGGUGAUGAAGAGUUUUUUUGUAAAAACACUUAGGCGAAUUUGAAAGGGUAUGAAGGUCAAGAAACACGUGAGUAGGUUCCCUCUCGUCUGGAUGUUCUUUCCCGAUUAUAGAUAGCUCUUUGCUGUCACUUCAAAUGGUAGGAACUAGUGCUUGCCCUAAUUGAUGGGGAUAAAGGUUCGAGGAGAAAGAUAAAUUCGAAUACCAAAGAAGCUCACCAGAGAUCCUUUUUUUUCUCUUAUCAAACUCAUACUUGGCAAUCAGAAACCAUGUCUUUCAAUCCCGACAAACGAAAUGGAAGUCGUGCUAGCUCCUAUACUUUUUCUCCAAAGAUAUCUCAAAUACCAGAAGCUCCUUCUCCAGUUCUUCCACCAAACAUCCAUCCAACAACUUUCUGCGCCAUUGGUCCUCUUGCCUGCGAUCUCGACAUUAUCUCUCGUCUCCACAUUCAAAUUGUCAGAGCCACGGGCCGCGAUAUUUCCCGCGAGGAAUUCUAUCUCCGUAUGGAAGGACGUCCUGCUAGAAGUCCUGCUCCCCUUUCUCCCAACCCAAACAAUAAUCCAUUUUCAUCUUCCAAUACCAAAAUCAACCCUGAAUACCAAACAUCUGGAAAAUGUCGAAUGGAAAGUGGCACAACUGUAUCUGGCACAACUGCAUCUAGAAGUGAUGGUCAAAGAAGUGGUGUUAGUGCAAUGGACGCAAGAGAGCCAGAUCAGAGCUUCAGAGAAUUUGUAGCGAGAUGUGUGGGUAUCACACCGCGGGCUUUAUUCAUGGGAGUUGGAGCUACAGAGAGAGCAGAUAGAAAGGUUGGGAGGGGACCAGGAUUGACGCCUAAGGAGGAGGAGGAAAAGGGGGUUUACGAGAAAGUUGAUUGGGGAGAUGGGAUAUCUGAGUUUGAUGCGUGGGUCGAUAUGGUUUGCAAAGAGGUCCUAGCUAUGAGAAGAAGACUCGAUGCUUCAAGAGGUUUAAAUUAAAAUUGGCGAACGAAUCAGUCGUUCCCUUGGCACACUUCUAUUGGUACCAGUUGUUAUCAUAUCUGUGACAUCAGUUGCAUGGAAAGCGACUGGUGUCUGGAAGUGAAUGGCAAAUUGUUAUCAUCGCUCAAUCCACCGACUCUACUCACUUAUAAUAGUACUGAAACUGGGGUGGGAGAUGCAUAUCAAAAGAAUGUCGUCUUGCUACAGUUGCCUUCAUGCCGAGGAUCUCCAUACGCGCACAGACUUUGGGCCACUGUACUUUAGAAGAUUCUAACUACAACUGCUGGCGAAUAGCUUAAUAAUAAUAACAAUAAUAUCAA